CUAUAUGCAACAGUGAUAUCCUUGAUAAACUUCCUAGAGUUAUAAAUUGCCAUCAACUUAAUUUUUUUUCAAAUUGAUAAUGAUGAUUCAUCUUUGAGAAUACCUAACGGUAUUUUUAAAGGAAUGAAAAAACUCAAAGUGUUAAUAUUGAAUGGUUUUUUUCAUUUGUCAAACUUGGAAAAAUUAAUUAAAGGUCUAUCAAAUCUCAGAAUGCUUUGUUUGGAGCGAUGCAAUUUAGAUGGCAAUUUGUCAAUCAUAGGAAAGUUGAAAAAAUUAAGAAUUCUCAAUUUUUCUGGGUCUCAAAUUGAAAAUUUUCCAGAGGAGUUGUGGUGUUUAGAUAAACUACAAUCUCUAGACACCAGCAAUUGCUGCAUACAAAGGAUGUGCCUACCUAAUUCUAUAUCAAGGUUGACUUCUUUGGAAGAGUUGUAUAUAAGAAAGUGCUUGAUCAACUCUCUUGUGGUAAAAGAGACAAAUGUGCAAAUUGCAUUGCUUUCUAAACUAAAAGACUUGCAUCAAUUGAAAGUGGUGGACUUGAGCCUCCCAAAUGUUGCAGUUUUUCCCAAGGACUUGUUCUUUGACAACUUAAAUGAUUACAAGUUUGUGAUUGGAGACAUCAAGGUGUUUUCAGAUGGAGAUUUCAGGAUGCCUAAUAAGUACGAACCAUAUAGAUCUUUGGCAUUGCAGCUGAAGGAGGAUACUAACAAUAUUCACUCUCAAAAUGGGAUAAAAUUGUUGUUUAAAACAGUUCAAAAUUUGUUAUUGGGAGAGAUAAAUAGUGUUAAAAAUGUUAUUUAUGAGUUGAAUUUGGAUGGAUUUCCAGAUCUGAAACACUUAUCUAUCACAAAUAAUUUUAGCAUCAAACAUAUCUUUGAUCCAAAGGAUUUGGCUCAUCCUUUGGAUGUUUUUCCCAAUUUGGAAUCUUUAUGCCUCUAUAAAUUGCGAAACAUAGAGAUGAUAUGUUGCGGUCCAGUUACAGAUGUCUCAUUUACCAAAUUGAAGACCAUCAAGAUCAAUAUGUGUGCCCAUUUGAAGAAUGUCAUCUCAAUUUACAUGAUUAAACUUCUUUCUAAUGUAGAAACAAUUGAUGUUUCUGACUGUGAUUCUAUAGAGGAGAUUGUUGAAAUACCUGCAAAUUCUGCUAAGGUUGAGUUUCUUAAGUUGCACUCUUUGACUCUAGAAUCCUUAUCACCAUCAUUUACUAGUUUUUGCAGUAGAGAAGAGAAAGACAUGGUUCCUCCUCUCUUUGGUAAAUUGGUUAAAAUUUCAAAUUUAGAUAGCUUGAAUUUAUCCUCGAUCAACAUCCAAAAGAUAUGGUGUGACCAGUCCCUGUCAAGCUUUUGCUUUCAAAACUUAAUAAAAUUAGUUGUGAAAGACUGUAAUAAGUUGAGAUAUUUGUGUUCAUUGUCUGUGGCUAGCGGUUUGAGAAUGUUAAAAAACCUCUAUGUAAGUGAGUGUCAUGCAAUGGAGAAGAUUUUUUGCACCGAAGGAAAUGGUGUACACAAGGUCUUUGUCUUUCCAAAGUUGGAGGAAAUCCACCUCAGCAAAAUGAAAAUGUUAACAGACAUAUGGCAGACUAAAAUGAGUGUUGAUUCCUUUUGUAGUCUCAUUUCUGUGCACAUUGAAGAAUGUGAAAAAUUAGACAAGAUUUUUCCGAGUCACAUGGAAGGAUGGUAUGCAAGUUUGGAAAAGUUGAAGGUUGUUAAUUGUCUUUUUGUGAAAGUGAUUUUUGAAAUCAAAGAUUCCCAACAAAGAGAUGCAUUUGGUGGAAUAGACACAAAUUUGCAAAGUAUUUUUCUUUACCGCCUCCCAAAGUUGAAGCAAGUGUGGAGCACAGAUCCAAGAGGAAUUCUCAACUUCAAAGAAUUGCAGAGUAUAGAUGUAUCUUUUUGUCAUAGAUUGAGGAGUGUCUUUCCGACUUCUAUGGCCAAAGAUGUUCAAAAGAUUGAAUACAUGUCAGUAAGCUCUUGUACGAGAAUGGUGGAAAUCAUUGCUUGUGAAGAUGGAUUAGAAAAUGAACCAUUAGUGUUCCCUGAAUUGACCAACAUGAAAUUAUAUUUCCUAAAAAACAUGGAGCGUUUCUAUAAGGGAAGACAUGGUAUAAAGUGUCCAAAAAUGAAUAAGUUGAUAGUGGUGAAAUGUGGGAAGCUUGAAACGUUCCAAAUAAAAAGAAGUGAAAGCACAAAUGAAGAAGUAGCAGUUUUCUCAACACCUAAAGAGCUUUUUCCCAACUUGGAGUUUUUGAAUAUUGACGUUGACCAAGCAGAGAAGUGGUUGUUGAGCAACAUCAAAAUGUACAGAAUGCACCGUUUAAAACAGCUUUUUAUCUCCGGGGAAGUUAGUUUUGACUCUCUCUACCAGUUUCUGUACAGAAUGCCAAAUCUAGAAAAGUUAUCGCUAUGGCUUGAUAAAUUAAUGUCAAGUGCAAACAUUGCAGCACAGGAAAGAUUAGGAACCGUAUUACAGUUGAAGGAAUUGGUUUUGUCAUAUUCAUUUACAGAGGAUAUAGGACUUGAACGACACCCGUUUCUACGGAGACUUGAACUUUUGACCUUACAAGGGUGUGACAAUUUGUCGAUUUUAGCUCCUCCCUGGGUAUCAUUGACUUACUUGACAUAUUUGGAAGUAAAGUCUUGUCAUGGAUUAAGGAAUUUAAUGGCAUCCUCAAUGGCAAAAAGCUUGGUUCAACUUAAGACCAUCAAGGUAAUCGAUUGUAAUGAAAUAAAGGAAAUAAUAAUAAGCUAUGAGGGAAAUGAAAAAGAAAACAUCGAAAUUGUAUUUAGCAAUUUGAUUACUAUAGAACUUGUGACUCUAAAACAGCUCACAAGUUUUUGCAGCAACAAGAAUUGUAAAUUCAAAUUCCCUUUAUUGGAAAUAUUGAUUGUGAGAGAAUGCCCCAAGAUGGAAACAUUCUCGGAGAAUCUGGCAAGUGCACCAAAGUUACAAAAUAUACUUGCUGUUGAAGGAGAAGAAGAAGCGAAAUGGCAGUGGGAACGCAACUUGAAUGGCACCAUACAAAAUGUUUUCAAUGAUAAGGUUUCUUUCAGAUACUCAGAGCAUUUGGAUCUUUCCAGUUAUCCUGAAUUUAUAGAGCAACUAUGGCAUCGCAAUCAUUUGGAUAUACAAAACAACUUUGGCAAUUUGAAAAGUUUGGAUGUAUACGAAUGUGAUAGUCUAGAGUACGUAAUUCCAUCUCAUUUACUUCCUUGCUUUGAGAAUUUGGAAGAAAUAUGGGUAUGGAAUUGCAGAGAAGCACGGGUCAUAUUUAAUAUAAGUGAUGAGACAAAAGCUUUGGGAAUAAUCCGUUUGAAAAGAUUGAGUUUAGAUGAUCUACCAAAACUAGAGCAUGUAUGGGACAAGGAUCCUGAGGGAAUUAUUGACCUUCAAGUGCUACGAUAUAUGCAUGUUGAAAGAUGUGAUAGUCUGAAAAGUUUAUUUCCAGCAGGGGUGGCUAAAAAAGAUGUUACCUGCAGACUUGAAAUGCUUGAGGUAACAAAGUGUAGAGAGUUGGUAGAAAUAUUUUCAAAGGGUGCAGAAUCAGAAGGAGCAACAAAAAUGUUUGUGUUUAGUUCUCUCACCUCAUUGACUCUAACACAAUUGCCAAAACUCAAAUACUUCUAUCCCGGAUUACACACGCUUGAAUGUGAAGAUGAUGCAGAGGAGCAAGUCCUUAUUGAAAUUGAAAAGGUUAUCCAAACCCCCAGCUUGAAGAAAGUGUCAUUCAGUAUUGGACACAUCCAGGUUACAUGGGAUCGAGAGUCUGCAGGAGGGCAAUUGCAGUUUGAUAAACUAAAAGACUUUAAAGAAUUGUUAGAUAGUGCUCCUCUAUACAGAUUCCUUCACAAGCUUCCCAAUAUACAAAAGCUUGCAUUUAACCGGUGUUGGUUUGAAGAGAUGUUCUCCGCUGAAAGACCGAAUGCUGAUUACACUCCUAUCCUUUUGCACCUCAAAGUAUUAGAGUUAAGUCAUACGAAAGAGCUUAAGUCCAUUGGUUUAGAGCACUCUUGGCUACAACCCUUUCUUGAGAAUCUCCAAACAUUACAAGUAAAUAAUUGCUGGAACUUGUCAAACUUGGUACCAUCACCAUGCACAGUAUCUUUCCCCAAUCUGACAUAUUUGAAAGUUGGGAAUUGCUAUGAACUGGUCUAUUUGUUUACAUCCUCGACAGCCAAAAGUUUGGGUCGACUCAGAAGGCUGAAGAUAGAAAAGUGUAAAUCACUGAUAGAGAUAGUGUCCAGUGAGGGAAAUGAAUCAGAUGAGGAUGAACAAAUAAUAUUUGAGCAGCUCCAGGUUUUGUAUCUUAAAGAAUUAGGUGUGUUAAGAUGGUUUUACCCUGGGAAUUAUACUUUACGUUUUCCAUGCCUGGAGCAAGUGCACGUAAUCGAUUGUAGGUGGAUGAAAACUUUCAGUCCAAACAACAUAAUAAAUCAUUCAACAACAACAAAGUGGUUUUCUGCAGAAUAUGGGACAUCCCAACAGUGUGAUAAUCAUAAUUCUACUGCGCACAGGAUAUUAUUUGAGGAAAAGCUUCGCAACUUAGAACAUCUGGAAGUAGUUGGAGACGAAUGGAAGAUGAUUUGGAAAGAAGUAUUUGAGGGAAACCUUUUCUUACAAAAGUUAAAAGGUGUAAGUUUUGAGCGCUGUGAGACAGAUGUAUUUCCAUGUGAGUUUCUACAACAUGUUCCCAAUAUAGAGAGGCUUCAGGUGAGAGAGUCCCGAUAUGAGGAUGAUAUUGGGUUAGAGAACUCUUGGAUUCAGCCCAUCCUCCCAAAUAUAACAGUUUUGAAAAUAUAUCGUUGCAAUAGUCUGCGGUGUUUGUUCACAUCCUCAACAGCCAAAAGUUUGACUCAGCUCAAAACAAUGGAGAUAGAAAGGUGUGAUUCAAUUGAAGAGAUAAUAGUGUGUAAUAAGGAGAGGGAUGAAUCAAACGAGGAUGAGAUAAUAUUUCCAAAGCUCAAGUCUUUAAAUCUAGAAGAGUUAUCAAAGCUCAAAAGCUUCUACAGAGGGAGUUUAAGUCUCCCAUCCUUAGACCAAUUGAAGGUAUCCUCUUGCAGCACGUUGGAAUAUUUAUUUACAUCCUCAACAGCCAAAAGUUUGGCUCAGCUCAAAAUAAUGGAGAUAAGUUGGUGUGAUUCAAUAGAAGAGAUAGUAGUGUGUAAUAAGGAGGGGGAUGAAUCAAAUGAGGAUGAGAUAAUAUUUCCGAACCUCAACUCUUUAAAUCUAGAAUGGUUACCAGAGCUCAAAAACUUCUAUAGAGGGAGUUUAAGUCUCCCAUCCUUGGACCAAUUGAAGGUAAUCGAUUGUACUAGGAUGAUAAGUUUUUGUGCAGGUACCGUAAAAGCAGACAAAUUGUCUCAAGUUCAAUUUGACUGGGACGAAGAUCCUAUUCCAGUUAAAAAUGAUCUUAACUCUACCAUGCGAGAAGUAUUUCUGGCAAAGAUUUUUAUUCUUGACCUCGGAAAAGAGCCCGAAUUAGAAGAGAUAUGGCUUCCCACAGUGUCAAUCCCAAACAAGUGCUUCAGUGAGUUGGUCUCUUUGACUGUGGCCGGUUGCCAAUUUUUAUCAGAUGCAGUACUACCCUCCCAUUUACUUCCUUUGUUUACUGAAUUGAAAACAUUGAAAGUUCGAAAGUGUGAUUACGUGAAAACCAUAUUUGAUGUGAAAGGUAUAACACUAGGCACACAAAUGACAACUAUGGGACCACCUAUUUUCCCCCUCGAGAUAUUGACUUUAUCGGAUCUACCAAAUCUGGAGAAUAUUUGGAAUGGAGAUCCUCAUGGAAUUCUAAGGAUGCAACUUGUACAAGUUCAUGUUGACAAAUGUAAAUGCCUUGCAAGUGUGUUCCCCACAUCAGUAGCCAAAGAUCUUGAGAAACUUGAAAAACUAGAUUUGCAACAAUGUGAAGGGUUGAUGGAAAUUGUUGCUGAGGAUAAUGCGGAUUCAAGAGAAACGUUCCUACCUGUGAGGUCAUUGAUACUAUGUGAUUUGCCCAAGUUCAAGUAUAAUGGUACAUGUUGCACUCAUGAUGCAACAACAACAUUUGAGAUUACACCCGACUUAGAGCAUCUAACACUGGAUGCUAAUGAACUGAAGAUGAUUUCGCAAGGAGAAUUUCUGGGAAACCUUUUACCCAAGUUAAAAGUUCUUGCUCUUUUAUUUCAUAUCAAGUCUGAUGAAUUUGUACAACACAUGCCCAAUGUAGAGAAGCUUGAGGUGCAUGAUGGUUCCUUCAAGGAGAUUUUCUGCCUUGCAGAGCUGAAAGAAUUACGCUUGAAGUCCCUUGAAGAGAUUGUUCCCAUUGGGUUAGAGAGCUCUUGGAUUGAGUCCUUUGUCAAAAAUAUAGAAAGCUUUGGAGUAAUAAGUUGUUUUAGUUCAACAAGCUUGGUGCCAUGCACAGUGUCUUUCUCCAAUUUGACACAUUUGGAACUAAAUCAAUGCAAUGGGCUAUUACAUUUGUUCACAUCCUCAACAGCCAAAAAUUUGACUCAGCUCAAAACAAUGGAGAUAGCACAUUGUUAUUCAAUUGAAGAGAUAGUAGUGUGUAAUAAGGAGGGGGAUGAAUCAAAUGAGGAUGAGAUAAUAUUUCUGAAGCUCAACUCUUUAAAUCUAGAAAGGUUAUCAAAGCUCAAAAGCUUCUACAGAGGGAGUUUAAGUUUUCCAUCCUUAGACCAAUUGAAGGUAAUCGAUUGCACCAGGAUGAAAACUUUUUGUGCAGGUACCGUAAAAGCAGACAAAUUGUCUCAAGUUCAAUUUGACUUGUGCGAAUAUCCUAUCCCAGUGAAAAAUGAUCUAAACUCUACUAUGCGGAAAUGGAAGGCAUAUUAAAUUAAAGGUCGGGUUAAGACACCAUUAUUGCAGUAAGAUGGUAAAGAGAGUUUGAUGAAGAUGAACAAAAGUGGUCAUGUUUUACUAUACGUAUGUUUGUGUUAAAAAUAAAAAAUAAAAACGUGUGAUUACUGGUUUUAUUAUGUUGAUGAUGAAAUAAAUUGUUAUAUUUUACAGAUUAUGUAAUGUGUGUGAUUACAAGUGAUAAACGGUCACGGAGAACAAAAGAUGAAGUGAUGAACUGUAUCCAUUAAGUAUUGUCUGUAUUGUUUGAUGCAUUGACAAAAAUGUUAAAAAAAAUGUAUUUUGUGUGUUAUAUUUGUUCAA